GCUUUGACUUUCGGAGCAAGACAGCGGCGCUUCGUUCCGUUGCACGGCGCGAUCGCAUUAUGUGGAACUUCGGGGUUACAGGAAAAAAAUUACACCGGACAUGAGACCAGUAAUGUAGUAAGUUUUACCGGACUUUUGGUACACAAAUCGGAUUUGACCGAUGGUCCGACGUCAUUGGCGCACACUGAAAUAAUAGAUGACAUGCAGAUGGAUGAAGAUCUGUUAAAGGAAAAUGGACAGAAGUUACCGUCACAGAAGGAAGAGGAUGAAGAGAUGGAGGUUACCAUGACAACACCACUAGCAAAUGUCACUGUGACUCCCGACAGUGCAGACAUGCAGACACAUCGAGAAGAACAAGGAGAUGUACAAACACAUUUGACUACGUCAGCAUCUUUAGAGUGUGUGUGCAAGACAGUGGACUGUGAUGAUGAGGAUUCUGAUGAUUCAGACAGUGACAGUUCGUCUUCUUCAUCCUCUUCCUCUCCUUCCUCAUCCUCCUCUUCUCUGUCCAUCCCUGUGUUUGAGGAGGAAGAUGAUGAUGAAGGUUUUAGCCAACCAACCCCAAUCAAAACAAGAGAUGAAGUUCUGCUUGAGGAGCUUCCAGCAGUGGAGGAAGUGUGUAUAACAUUACCUGAGGAAGCAGAUCUGCAGCCUGUGGGAACAGUCUCCAGUAUUCUACAACAGCUUGUUAUUAUUCAGUCUCUGAAAGACACACCCCCUCUAAAUGAUGACAGCAUCCUCUUUAGAUGUGAUAAGCUGGCUGUGGGCAAGGUUUUUGAGGUGUUUGGUCCAGUGUCCAGUCCACUGUAUAUCAUGCGGUUUAAUUCUGCGGACCAGAUUAUCAACAUGGGACUGACAGAGGGACUGACUCUUUAUUAUGCACCUGCCAUUAAAGAGUACACAGAAUAUAUCCUCACACAACAGCUUAAACUUUUAAAGGGAUCUGAUGCAUCCUGGAAGAAUGACCAAGAACCACCAGAAGAGGCAUUAGAUUAUAGUGAUGAUGAGAAAGAACAGGAAGCAAAGAGGAAGGUGAAAAAUGCCAAAAAGAAGAGGAACAACAGCAAUACAGAUAAUCCUGCAAACAUUACCCAGAGCACCUUACAGAAGAAACCUGACACAAGGGGUUUCCCACCAAGACUUGCAGGGCCACCAUUCAGGCACCAGGACUCUAUGAACAAACCCCCACCCUUCAGACGCUCAGAUAUCUCGCCUAUGUAUCUCCCUCCACCCUGUCCUUACCCUCCACCUCAUCCCCAUUUUCCUCCACCCAACUUCCCUCUCUAUCCACCACCUCCUCCAUAUUUCUUCAAUCCUUCUUUCUCCUCUCCUCUCUGGCCCCCAAACCCUGUCCCCUUCUCUGACUUCCCCCCUCCCCCUCCCCCCCCUCUGUGAUGCACUGUAAACACACAGUAACACAAUCUUUUGUGUUGAAACAGUACAUCAUGUCUACAGACUGCCCAGCUGCUCAUAUCAUCCUGAUGUGAUUUUCUUGUUAGUUGUGUGUUUUAGGAUAUACAGCCACUGACUGUAAAAGAAAACAUAGGAUUCUUUUUUUAUAUAUAUAUCUGAUUGAGUUGUGACUGACUACAUACUCAGACACUUCACCUUUAAUUUGGUUGCAUAUAUUUUUCAUUGUUUAGACUUCUUGUGAAAGCAGUGCAGGUCAUCACUGAUUGAAGUAUUUUAUUACUCAGAUUCCAAGUAGAUAUAUAAAGUUUCUUCCACUCUUUCAAACUAAAUGCAUUACUGACCAUUUACAGUUUGUUCACCCAUUCCAUCUGUAGUUAUAACCCAGGGAUUUGGGAGUCUGUUAAUUGUUUGCAGGGAUACCCUGAAAAACAAGUUGGUGCCACUCACCGUGACUCAUGACUGAAAAACCAACCUGCAGUGCGAUGUGGCAUCUUGGGUCUUUAUAUACACUGCUCAAAAAAAUUAAAGGAACACAUUGAAAAUACAUCAUAUUUCAAUACGGGGGAAAAACAAACUGGAUAUCAGCAUUGUUAUGGAAUGGAUAAUGUGUUAGGAAUGAAAAGUGCCACAUUGUUUGAUGGGAAUGAAAAUGAUCAAACCCCCAGGAGGGCUAAAUUCAAGACACCCCAAAAUCAAAGUGAAAAACUGAUGUGGCAGGCUAGUCCAGCUUGCUGAAAUUCCUUGGCAGCAACUCAAAAUGGUAUUCAGUAGUUUGUAUGGCCUCCAUGUGCUUGUAUGCAUGACUGACGAUGUCGGGACAAGCUCUGAAUGAGACGACGGAUGGUGUCCUGGGGUAUCUCCUCCCAGAACUGGACCAGGGCAUCACUGAGCUCCUGGACAGUCUGAGGAGCAACCUGAUGGUGUCGGAUGGAACAAAAUAUAAUGUUCCAAAGGUGUUCUAUUGGAUUCAGGUCAGGUGAGCAUGGGGGCCAGCUAAUGGUAUCAGUUCCUUCAUCCUCCAGAAACUGCAUGAGUUCUCUUACCACAUAAGGACUGGGCAUUGUCGUGCACCAGAAGGAAUCCAGGACCACUGCACCAAUAUAGGGUCUGACAAUGGGUCCAAGGAUUUCAUCCUGAUACCUAAUGGCAGUCAGAAGGCCAUUGUCCAGCCUGUAGAGGUCUGUGCGUCUCUCCAUGGAUAUGCCUCCCCACACCAUCAAUGACCCAACACCAAACCAGUCAUGCUGAACAAUGUUACAGGCAGCAUAACGUUCUCCACGGCUUCUCCAGACCCUUUCAUGCCUGUCACAUGCGCUCAGGGUGAACCUGCUCUCAUCUGUGAAAAGCACAGGGCACCAGUGGUGGAUCUACAAGUUCCUGUGUUCUAUGGCAAAUGCCAACCGAGCUCCACGGUGCCAGUCAGCGAGCACAGCGGGCACUAGAGGACACUGGGCCCUCAGACCACUCUCAUUACAUCUCUUUCCGAUUGAUCAGAGACAUUCACACCAGUGGUCUGCUGGAGGUCAUUUUGUAGAGCUAUUGCAGUGCUCAUCCUGUUCCUCCUUGCACAAAGGAGCAGAUACCUGACCUGCUGAUCGGUUGAGGACCUUCUACAGCCCUGUCAAGCUCUCUCAGACUAACUGCCCGUCUCCUGGAAUCUCCUCCAUGUGCUUGAUAAUGUCCUGGGAGACACAGCAAACCUUCUGGGAAUGGCGUGCAUUGAUGUGCCAUCCUGGAGGAGUUGGACUGUCUGUGGAACCUCUGUAGGGUCCAGGUAUCGCCUCAUGCUACCAGAAGUGACUCUGACCCUAGCCAAAUGCAAAACUAGUGAAAAACAGUCAGAAAACAUUAGGAAGGAAAAAAAUGUCAGUGGCCUUCACCUGUUUGAUCAUCUUGAGGACUGGACAGUUACAUAAACAAAGAACAUUCCUCUGCACAAUCCCUCUGUACUCGAUAUAGGUACACACGUGGACAAAAUUGUUGGUACCCCUCAGUUAAAGAAGGAAAAACCCACAAUUCUCACUGAAAUCACUUGAAACUCACAAAAGUAACAAUAAAUAAAAAAUUAUUGAAAAUUAAAUAAUCAAAAUCAGCCAUCACUUUUGAAUUGUUGAUUAACAUAAUUAUUUAAAAAAACAAACUAAUGAAAUAGGGCUGGACAAAAAUGAUGGUACCCAUAACUUAAUAUUUUGUUGCACAACCUUUUGAGGCAAUCACUGCAAUUAAACGAUUUCUGUAUUUGUCAAUGAGCGUUCUGCAGCUGUCAACAGGUAUUUUGGCCCACUCCUCAUGAGCAAACAGCUCUAGUUGUCUCAGGUUUGAUGGGUGUCUUCUCCAAAUGGCAUGUUUCAGCUCCUUCCACAUAUGUUCAAUGGGAUUCAGAUCUGGGCUCAUAGAAGGCCACUUUAGAAUAGUCCAACGCUUUUCUCUCAGCCAUUCUUGGGUGUUUUUGGCUGUGUGUUUUGGAUCGUUGUCCUGUUGGAAGACCCAUGACCUGCGACUGAGACCAAGCUUUCUGACACUAGGCAGCACAUUUCUCUCCAGAAUGCCUUGAUAGUCUUCAGAUUUCAUCUUACCUUGCACACUUUCAAGACACCCUGUGCCAGAUGCAGCAAAGCAGCCCCAAAAGAUUACUGAGCCUCCUCCAUGUUUCACCGUAGGGACAGUGUUCUUUUCUUCGUAUGCUUGGUUUUUGAGUCUAUGAACAUAGAGUUGAUGUGCCUUACCAAAAAGCUCCAGUUUGGUCUCAUCUGUCCAAAGGACAUUCUCCCAGAAGCUUUGUGGCUUGUCAACAUGCAUUUUUGCAAAUUCCAGUCUCGCUUUUUUAUGAGUUUUUUUCAGCAGUGGUGUCCUCCUUGGUCGUCUCCCAUGAAGUCCACUUUGGCUCAAACAACGACGAAUGGUGCGAUCUGACACUGAUGUACCUUGGCCUUGGAGUUCACCUUUAAUUUCUUUGGAGGUUGCUCUGGGCUCUUUGGAUACAAUUCCAACGAUCCGUCUCUUCAAUUUGUCAUCAAUUUUCCUCUUGCGGCCACGUCCAGGGAGGUUGGCUACUGUCCCGUGGGUCUUGAACUUCUGAAUAAUAUGAGCCACUGUUGUCACAGGAACUUCAAGCUGUUUAGAGAUGGUCUUAUAGCCUUUACCUUUAAGAUGUUUGUCUAUAAUUUUUUUUCGGAUGUCCUGGGACAAUUCUCUCCUUCGCUUUCUGUUGUCCAUGUUCAGUGUGGUACACACCUUUUCACCAAACAGCAGGGUGACUACUUGUCUCCCUUUAAAUAGGCAGACUGACUGAUUAUGAGUUUGGAAACACCUGUGAUGUCAAUUAAAUGACACACCUGAGCUAAUCAUGUCACUCUGGUCAAAUAGUUUUCAAUCUUUUAUAGAGGUACCAUCAUUUUUGUCCAGGCCUGUUUCAUUAGUUUGUUUUUUUAAAUAAUUAUGUUAAUCAACAAUUCAAAAGUAAUGGCUGUUUUUGAUUAUUUAAUUUUCAAUAAAUUUUUAUUUAUUGUUACUUUUGUGAGUUUCAAGUGAUUUCAGUGAGAAUUGUGGGUUUUUCCUUCUUUAACUGAGGGGUACCAACAAUUUUGUCCACGUGUGUGUAUAUAUAUAUAUAUAUAUAUAUAUAUGUGUAUAUGAAUAGGGCAACAUAAACUGAAGAAAUAAUUAGCAUUUUCUUUCAAAAAUUAACAAAACCUUCAUCUGACGGUGUUGAUAGAAAUUGAAUAUAGCCUAAUAUUUAUAAACAAGUUCCAGCAUAAUUCAAUGAAAAUAAGAAGUGUUGCAUUUUCCAGAAAUUAGAAUUUGCGUUUUAUGUAUACAGAAGUAGAGAAGAAGUGGAUCUGUCUACAGAGGCUGCCAUCCGAUGUAAUAUUAAGUUUCACACCAGAUGCUGUGAAAAUCUCCACAGUAACUUUUUUUCAUUAAAUAAGUAAAUGCUGGGAAAGUGACACAAUAAUAACUAGACCAAAGCCUGAACACUUCUACUUUGUACACUUCUAACUUGUAGAAUUACAUUAUUUAACCUUACUGUAUAGUAUGGUGAAAUAAUGUAAUUCUUUACAUUAAUUUUUUCCAGUCAUGGAAAAAAUUAUUCGAACACCCUUUUUUUCUUCAAUUUAUUGUUCAUUUCAAUUCCUGGUACCACUAAAGGUACAUUUGUUUGGACAAAUAUAAUGAUGACAACAAAAAUAGCUCAUAACGGUUUAAUUUCAUAGCUGAUAUCAGACAUUUUCCAUGGUUUUGUUGAUAACCAAAAUGACUUCAGUUCUUCCAUCAAUAGAUAUGGCAUUGUUCUGUCAAAAACAGCUUUUAGGAUUACAUGUUUUCUGUCUGUUUUAGUCUCAUGAUCCACACAGGAGUUAGUACUUGAUUGCAUUAAAAUAGUUUCUGAUGACUGCA